AUGGGAUGUGGCACCUCCGUUGCUACGGAGCCACAAGGGAAAAGAGUGGAGGAUGCCUGGGCAGAUGACACAGUUAGUCCCAGCCCGGCUCUGACUAUGAAGGCAGCUGUUUUGAUCCAGCGGUGGUACCGGCGCUACAUGGCCCGUCUGGAGAUGAGGCGCAGGUACACCUGGAACAUCUUUCAGUCCAUUGAAUAUGCUGGGGAACAGGACCAGCUCCAGCUCUCCAGCUUCUUCAGUUUCAUGCUCGACAACUUCACUCAGCUGAAUGGAAACGGACCAGACUUGAUCUCCCAGCUGCUGGACCCGGUGGUGGACCCCUGGUUAGACAGAGAGACCUGUUACAAACUGAUCCCCGUUCCAGAGUCGUACACGGGACCCCGGCUCUCGUUCCCUCUCUCCGUCUCCGAUACGGACGCUCUCCUCGGUGCAUUUAAGGAGCAACAGACUCUACAUGCCAGAUAUGUUCUGCAGCUGCUGUACGAGACCAAAAGGCUCCUCAAACAGAUGCCCAACAUCAUCCACCUGUCGACAUCCUACACCAAUGAGAUCACUAUAUGUGGUGAUCUGCACGGGCGGCUUGAUGACUUGCUUCUCAUAUUUUAUAAGAAUGGCCUUCCCUCUGCGGAGACACCAUAUGUGUUCAACGGGGACUUUGUGGACCGUGGGAAAAAGUCCAUCGAAGUGGUCAGCCUCCUCUUCGCCUACCUGCUGCUUUACCCCGACUACAUGCACCUGAACCGAGGAAACCACGAAGACCACAUAAUGAACCUCAGAUAUGGGUUUACAAAGGAAGUCAUGCAGAAAUACAAGACUCAUGGCCGUGAGAUCCUCCAGCUGUUUCAGGACGUUUUCAGCCUUCUGCCCAUCGCGACGGUCAUCGACGGAAAGAUCCUGAUCGUUCACGGUGGGAUAUCAGACCAGACCGACCUGGACUUCCUCAGCUCCAUAGACAGGCACAAGGUGAAAUCUGCCAUGAGGUUUCCCAGACGCAGUUUGGAGCACCUGGACAUCGGUCAUUCCUGCAAAAGAAAGAGGUUGGCGGCCGGCUCUCGUCCCAGCAGCCACAGCAAGAACCAAAGAACGCCCAACCAGAGGAGGCAAUGCGGGCACAGCCGACAAGACAGCGCAGCCUCCACUUCUUCUUCCUCCUCCUCCUCCUCCUCAUUGUCCUCGUCCUCCUCUUCGUUCUGCUCUCCUCGAACUCCAUCGUGCCUCUCGCCUCGCCCGUGCCCGUCUUCUCCCAGCAUGCCUUACACUAUCAAUGUCCUCCAAGUGCCUUACCUGGACUCUCUGUCCUCGGUUCCCCCUCCUGCACCUCCGCAACACGACCGGGAAUGGAAACAGGUGGUGGAUAUAUUGUGGAGCGACCCUAAAACCCAAGAAGGCUGCAGUCCGAACACAUUCAGGGGAGGAGGCUGCUACUUCGGGCCAGACGUCACCCGCAGACUGUUGCUCCAGCACGGACUCCAGCUGCUCAUCAGAUCCCACGAGUGCAAACAGGAAGGAUACGAGCUCUGUCACGGAGGACAGGUGAUCACCAUUUUCUCAGCGUCAAACUAUUACGAGGAGGGAAGCAACCGCGGUGCCUACAUCAAAGUGGGCCGGGAACUGGUUCCCCGUUUCUACCAGUACCAAGUCAGCCGCACGACGCGCAAACUCACCCUGACACAGAGAGUGCGAGCUGCUGAAGGUACCGCCCUCAAGGCCCUGAAGGAGAAGCUGUUCACCCAUCGCUCUGAGCUGCUGUCGGGCCUCCAGCAGUACGACCAGAACAACACUGGUUGUGUGUCACUUAGUGAAUGGGCUCAGGCGUUUGAGUCUGUACUGAGACUGGAUCUGCCCUGGAGGACCCUUCGCCCGCAUUUAGCCCGUCUGGCACCAGAUGGCAGUGUGGAUUAUCAGUCCUGCUUUGAGGAUAUGGAGCCAGGCAUUCCUCUGCCUCAGGUGACUCAAAAGUUGGCUGACACUCUGUUUAGAUACAGGACAGACAUUGAGAUAAUAUUCAACAUUAUAGACAAAGACCAUUCAGGUCUGAUCUCCAUCGAGGAGUUUCGCCACACCUGGCGUCUCUUCAGCGCCCACCUGGGGGUCGACAUCGACGACAGAGCCAUCGACGACCUGGCCCGAAGUAUCGACUUCAACAAGGACGGCAGCAUAGACUUCACCGAGUUCCUGGAGGCCUUCAGAGUGGUGCACAAACUGAACAACAAGGAGCAGCAACUCAACGGGAAGACGGCCGGAGGGAAGUGA